GGGAGGGAGGCGGCUGGGGUCGGGGUCGCGGCCGCGGCGGCGGUGCCCCUGCUCCCGGGUGUCCGCGGCCGCCGCGCGGGCCGAGCCACGAUGUUCGGGACGCUGAGCAGCAGCUUCGAGGACGACCCCUUCUUCUCUGACUCCUUUAUUGCACACCGAGAAAGUAUGCGUCAGAUGAUGAGAAGUUUUUCUGAACCUUUUGGAAGAGACUUGCUCAGCAUCUCUGAUGGUAGAAGACAAGCUCGUAAUCGUAUGAGACACGAUGAUGGCGAGAGCUCCUUGGCUGCAAUGAAUUCUCUUGUACCUUUUGGCAGUUUUGGUGGUAUGUUACUAACACGCCCCAAUAUCCUGCAGCGCACGGACGUCAGCCCCUUCCAGGCAAUGGACCGAAUGAUGGUGAAUAUGCGAAACAGCAUGCACGAGUUACAGAGGGACCUCGGUCACCUUUCACUGGAUCCAAAUGGACAUUCGUUUAGUUCUUCCUCAGUCAUGACUUACUCCAAAGUAGGAGAUGAACCACCGAAGGUUUUCCAGGCCUCAACUCAAACCCGUAGGGCUCCAGGCGGAAUAAAGGAAACUAGGAGAGCAUUGAGAGAUUCGGAUAGUGGACUAGAAAAAAUGGCUGUUGGUCAUCAUCUUCACGACCGAGCUCAUGUCAUUAAAAAGUCAAAGAACAACAAGACUGGAGAUGAAGAGGUCAAUCAAGAGUUCAUCAAUAUGAAUGAAUGUGAUGCUCAUGCUUUUGAUAAUGAGUGGCAAAAUGAGAUUUUGAAGUACAAACCAGUGGGACAAUGGCGCAACGUGGAAAACCCUAGGAUGCGAAGCGUUGGUCAUGAGAAUUCAGGUUGCCGAGAACUUAAAAGAAGGAGAGUGGAGGAUUGGGGCAGAAGGUGGAAGGCUUCACAGAACCAGCGGCGGACAAGGAGAAACCUCAUCAAAGUCCAGCCAUUGAAUAUGGAAGAAGAUCAAAUGUUCCUGUGGACAAACUCAACGUCAAAGGAUCUCCUGUGAAAAUCAACAAAAAAUAAAUAGCCUUGCAUUUGAUUUGUUUAGUCUUGAUUGUUUUAACAGAGAAAGUAAUGGUGCUGGGUUAUACCCAUGAGACCAAUCUCUUGUUCAGUCAGUACUGUACUUCACUUUCUUCUGAUAUCUGAAUGUUCUCGGAAGAGAGCCUGCUUUAUACGGUCUGUACUUUAGGAAUAAAACUUUGGUUUUCAACACUUUAAGUAAGUUGCUAAACAUUUUCUUUAAAAAAUGCUAAUUUGAUUUUGCUUUCCCAAUUAUCUUACUCUAUGGGCUAUAUAUUCUUUUAUAUAUUCAAGAGUGAAUGUAGAGCUAGCUUUAUCUGAUGUAUUAGUUAUAAGAAAGUAAAAUGUUAAAAAAUAGUCUCAGUUUUCACUAACAAUAUCAGAGUGAUGUUAAUAAAGGUAAAAUUACUUAAAUCAAAUGUUAUGUUAUGUAGCCAGCUAGCUUUAAAAUCUCAAAAAAAUAAAAUUACACUGGUACUGUUUUAUUAGAAACUAGUUAUUUUGAUAAGUUACAUUAAAAUAAAUCUCAAUUUCAAGGGAAGAUUUUAAAUCACUAAUAUAUAUGAGUUUUAUUCUCAUAACUUCUUUAAGCAGUGUGUUCCUCUUUUUGUUCUGUAUUACAUUCUUAACAUUCAUCGGACGUUACAUUGACCUUUCUCUUUAGCUUCUUAAGGUAGCAUAUUUCCGUUCUCCUCUCCCACAAACAGCUUAAUCUGUCUUCACAGUUAACAUUCUAAAGUUGGAGUGUCCUUGGAGAAACUCUGCUCAGCCUUUCUGUGACAUUUAGAAAAAUGCAUUUGGUAUUCUGUAAACCUGAAUGAUUGAUUGUCUCAAAAUUUCUCAGACAGCUGAUAUGUAUGUUUGAGCAAGGUACUUAAUAAUUCAGUUCUGUUUUGUACCAUUUAAAAAUUCAGCUUUAGCUUUUUUAUCCUAGAAUUCAAUCUGUUUUUAGAAAAAGUUUGAAGUUUACGAGAAUAUAAAAAUCUUUAACCCUUAAGUUUUUGUUGUUUCAGGAGGGGAAAAGAGAACAGAAAACCCACUAUCACUCUAUAAUCCUAAUAUCUUGCUUUUUUCACUUUGGAAAUAGAACUAUGUGAUCGUGCUUAUACUCUUCUAACCUUCCAUAUUCUAUGCUGUUAAUUUGAUUAGUGCGUUUCCUGCCUGUAAUUAAUUACUGAAAUAAGAUGCAUACACGUCUAUUUUUAUAAGAAAAAUGCAUGUAUUAAAGAUGUUAACAUUUUCUUCUAAUGCAUACUUUAGUAUACUAAUAACAUAUUGGGAAGUUGCCAUAAGGCAUAAAUUCUAAAUAACACUUUUGCAUAAAUUUACUCGAUAGAGCAAAAUCCCAAUAGCAUAGACACUGUAAUUAUUCUCCUUCUGCCUAAAUCGUUACAUAGAUGAUAACUUGAAUCAUGUUCAAAUAUGAAAACACGCCUUAAUAAAUUAUCAUAUUUAAAAGAA